AGAGCCGUUUGAAUUUCGGAAUAGGAUGGUUGUGACAACCACUUUAUAGUCUGUGGACCCGUGUUAUUUACAGUGAAGUGAAGUUCUCAAUUCUUGUUUGAUCGGAAUUGAUUUGUUGUGAUUUUGACUGUGAGUGUGUGAUGUGAUUACAGUUCUGGAUAACUAUUUUCAAGAAGAGAGUAAUCGCUCAUUCCUCGUUAUGGAGGUAGCAACAGAGAACCAGAAUAUUUAAAUGGCACUGACCAGUUCUCUGCCGGGGGCAAGGUUGCCGCUGCCGCCCGCACUGCGCCCUGGGCCGGGGGCGGUGGAGCCGCAGUAUGCCGCCUCCAGCAGCUCGGACAGCGGGGGCGGCGCGAGCAGCGACUCGCAGACUGGGGGCGGCGGGAGCAGGCAUAGAGUGCGCACCGUCUGCCUGAGUCGGAGGCGGCUGGCCACCGCCCUUGGCUUCUCGGUGAGGGGCGGCAGAGAGCAUGGCACCGGCUUCUUUGUGUCGGCCGUCGAUGUCGGGUCGGAGGCGCAUGCCAGGGGCCUCCAGCCUGGUGAUCAGAUUAUACGAAUAAAUGGAUUUCCUGUUGAAGAUGCGACGCAUAGAGAAGUUUUACAACUUAUACAGGGGCAGAUGAACAUCACGUUGAAAGUUAGAUCCGUUGGAAUGAUUCCAGUCAAAGAUAGCUUCAACGAUGCCCUGACGUGGAAACUGGUGGAGUCAUCUGACUGCAGUCUGGUGCCCACCUCCCUGUCGUCCAAUCAGAGCGACGUUUGUGACGACCAUCCGCCGCUGCAGUCACACAACGAAGUGCGAAUUGUGCUACAUGUCGCGCCGAGGGCCAAGUUGGGUUGCGGGAUCUGUAAAGGACCCGAAUGGAGACCUGGAAUUUUCAUCCAAUUUACAAAAGAGAAUGGUUUAGCGAGGGGAGCGGGCCUAAGGCCAGGAGACCAGAUUCUCAAGUGCAAUAAUAUUACCUUCACGCCUGAAACUCCAUUCAAUGAGGCCGUCUCAGUCCUGCGCAGCUCUGGACUACUGGAGCUGCAAGUGAGGAAAGGUGCUGGUCUCGACCUUUUUCCUGGAGAAUCGUCUGGAUACAACAGCUCGGCCAGCAGUGUGGCUGGAGACCAGAGUCCAGAGACAUGGCUCAACAAAAGACUGUCCAUUGUAAAGGAGGAGUCUGUCAUUGACUCUGAAAGCCGACUCAGCCAUAAUGAUCUCAACAGGAAUUACUUAGAUAAGAAAGAUGUAGGUUUACUGUCAAACGGCAGUUCACAAAACAGCUCAAAUAAAUCAACAAAUACAGAAAACAUUGGCACAUGUACAGUAAUUAGGGUUGGAUCAGACGAACCAACAAUAGAUUCAAGUAGGAGAACAGAUAGCACAAAUGAUAGUCAUAAAAAUAAGUUGGCUGAAAUCUGUAUGGUUUCACAACAGACUGAAACGAAAACCACAACGGUGCUGGUUGAAGUUCACCAGAGCGAGGAGGAGUCAACUCAAACCAAGUGUGAAAAAGCGGGGCUGGUGAACAGUUCAUCAGUGAGUUCUUUUACCAGUACGAGCAGCACCACCAACAGUUUGAGCAGUGCUAUCAGCCAAGAGCUACAACGAAGAUCACAGAGACGUGCCAGCGACACCAGCGAGUUGAACAAACUGGAUACGUCGCCAGCCGGUAGAAAUCUGGACAUAGUGAGGUCGGGCCUGGACAAGGAGAAGGUGCAGCAACACGAGCAGCUGAUGGAGGAAUUCAAAAUGGCGCACAGGAGAAUGUUUUCCACGUCGACGACGUCGUCUUCCACUUCCGGGACGGCGUCCGACCUCGACAUCAGCAGUCACAGCGACUCCAACAGCCAUUCGCCGCCAGUUGAAAGAGAAAUACAACGAGCUCAAGAACAGCUACAACAACAGCAGAAACUUGAACAACAACAACAAGUACAACAGCAGCAGAAACAACAACAACCACAGAUACAACAACAGCCCCUCAAACCCAACGUGCCAAAACAACACCUCCCAAAGCCUCAGGCCCCCCUUCCACCGCCUCUACAACACCUCCUGAAUCCUGCCAAGCCAUCAGCUCCAAACGGCCUCACCAAUGGAAUAGUCAAGAAUGCAGCCAAGCCACCAGCCCCAAACGGCCUCACGAAUGGAUUAGUCAAGAAUGUAGCUAAGCCAUCAACUGCAAACGGCCUCACCAAUGGGAUAGUCAAGAGCGGUCCCAAUGCUGACCAGGAUGCAUCCAAGCAAUUCAGAUCAAGGCAGCACUCUAGCUCUGUGCCUCCACCCCCUCCCCCACCGUUGCCCAAAGACGAAAGCGAUGGCUCGACCACGUCCACCAUCAAACUGUCGACGUUCGCAGGCGGCAAGAGGCCGGCAGGGGGCGGUUCCACCCCAGUGCCACCUCCACCACCGCCUCCCGCCCCUCCCUCACCGCCCGCCUGUCCGACACCCGACUAUGACACCAUGAGUCUGGCGUCGGAGCACGACGGACGGCGACCGACGCCCAAAACCAUGCCAAUGGCACAUCGCAACGGGAAGACGUCGACGGUUAUGGUGAACGGUGGGACGAGGAACGGCCACUCGGACGCCGUUGAGAUGGAGUCGCUGGAGUCGUUCAAGCUGACCAACCCGUCGCAGGUCAGGCCCAAACCUCCCGCCACAUACUUUGCUCAGAAUCGGAAGAGUGCCAGCCGGUCGUCAGACUCCAGUCUCAACAGUAGAAACUCCAUGCAAAACGUGGCCGUUGAAGGAGCCAAGCCAACCAUCACAAUAAGAGAAUAUCCCACCACUAUGGACAGGAAAAAUCCAACCAGAUUUCAGUUUUUGAACCAGAAUGAAGGCACGCCAGUCGUUUCCAGAGAUCAGCCCAUCUCCUCUCAGCUGCACAGUGAACUUACUCAGACACUUUCAAGAGUGAAGCUGCAGUCGUCUAAUUCACAGGAGUCUCCACCGAACGGAAUGACAAACGGAACCGGAAAAACGAACGUUGUGACAAUAUGCGUGAAUCCCAAUCAAAAACCGGCAGCCAACGGCCAGCAACCGUCUGACACGAAGAACGGCAGUCAACCGUUCUACCUGUUCCCGAGGAAAGCUGAAGACAACCAGCCACACCAGAGAAUGGUCUCCACCACCCUCAUCAGCAAGAGCGACCUUCAAGAUGUCGAGCUGCGCAAAACGUCGGCCAAUGCCAGGUACCCGGACAACGGAAACCGGAACUCAGUUACGUUCAAUUUUGGAAACGGCGAGAAAACGGAGUUGCGAGCAAAUGGAACAACACAGCCAAACGGAAUUCUGAAGAACGGAACCGCCAACGGGAAUGUGUCGCAUGUGCAGGUGCAGAACGUCAAUGCGACCGCCAACAGCCGAUUACCACAACAACACAAGUCUAUCAAGUUUGGUGGAAUAACAACAAUAAUAAGGAACAGUCCAGAACCAAAGAUGUAAAACGUCUGUAAAUUUGAUUUGUAUAUUCUGUGAAGAUUCUUUAUUGAAUAAUUGAGUGUACAUAAUGUAAUAUUACCAUCAUUACUAACUAAUUUCUGAUAUAAUAUUUGUACAAUUGUAAUGCAAAUAAACAGUCUUUUAUAUUUAUUACAAUUAGUAUAAAA